UUUAACCGAAUGCCAUCUGUCUCUCCAUUGGCUUGGCCUGUUCCCCCUGACCUUCCCAACGCAUAUGCAUGAGGCUUCCUGCCGCCUUGUGUGUGCCUAUGCAGCUGCCUGUUCCUGUGUGUGAAGAGAGGGAGAGGGGGGCGACUGAGAGAGAGAGAGAGAGAGAGAGAGAGAGAGAGAGAGAGAGAGCGAGCGGUAGAGAACAGAACAGCAGCCGGGCUGGAAGCUUCAGCCAUGUCAGUUUUCUCUAAAACGCUGGACAGACGAUGAGAAGAGAGGAGCUAUGGCCUUGUCACUGAGUGCAGAUGAAGAGGAUUAUGAAUCAGAAUCUGAACAGCAGCAUGCAGCCAACCGGCCAAAGCCCAAGAUGGGGACGUCAGCAGCGGUCAAGCUGCCGUCGAAUCGCAGUGCGUCUGGCGCCAGACGCAGGAGAACACGCUGCCGAAAGUGUGAGGCGUGCCUCCGAACCGAGUGUGGAGACUGUCACUUCUGUAAAGACAUGAAGAAGUUUGGAGGACCAGGGCGCAUGAAGCAGUCCUGUAUCAUGAGGCAGUGCAUUGCACCUGUCCUGCCCCACACGGCUGUGUGUGUUGUGUGUGGAGAAGCAGGUAAGGAGGACUCCCUAGAGGAAGAGGAGGACAAGUUCAACAUCAUGCUCAUGGAGUGCUCCAUCUGCAGUGAGAUUGUUCACCCCAACUGCUUAAAGGUUAAAGAUGCCUCUGGCGUGGUGAAUGAUGAACUUCCCAACUGUUGGGAAUGUCCCAAAUGCAACUACGCUGGGAAAACAGGCAAAGUCUGCAAGCAAAAAAGGGGACCAGGGUUCAAGUACGCGUCCAACCUCCCUGGCUCUCUGCUGAGGGAGCAGAAGGUGGUCAAGGAGGAGGGCGAGUCCACCUCUACGUCUACAGUCAAGAGGAAGCCUGAGAGGGAUGAGACUCCCAGACACAGACCUGAGGAAUGGGAGCCCCUUCACAGACAACCCCCUGUCCUGUCCCCUAGCACCCUGCCUCGGCCCAGACCUGAGGACAAACUGAGGAAGAAGAGGAAGCUCUUCGACGAUGACUAUGAAGAGGACUUUGAUGGAAAGUCAGAUGGACAUCUGUUCCUUAAUCAGAUCAAGACUGAAGAGGAGGAGGUGGAUGAAGAGGAGAAGGCCUCUCUGUACCAGCGAGGCCUGGAGAGGAGAGGGCGUUUAGGAGAUACCGAGGAGGAGGCAGAGUACGAGGAUGACGAGGACACAAAGACAAGCCUGCCCAGGCCUCCUCUCAAAACUCCUGUUCUAGACAGUGACCAGUCUCACUGCAGCUCUCCAUGGGCUGGCCCCAGUAGUGAGGGGGGCAGUGAACCCCAGGAGAAGGGCCCACGUCCCAAAGCGUGCCGCAAACGCCGAUUACCAAACAAAGAGCUGAGUAAAGAGCUGAGCAAAGCACUGAACCAGGAGAUCCAGAAGACCGAGGACUGCCUUGCCAAUGAGAACCGCCAGCCCCUGAAGUUGGAGCCAGAGAGUGAGAAUGAAGAGCCAAAGAGGAGCUUCCGCAAUGGCAGUGACCUAGGAGGGGAGCGGCCACACCUCUGGACCAAGGAAAUUAACUGCACUCCCUGGGAGCUGCGCCACUUCUACCCUGGCCAAAUCACCCCUCUGGGCUUCAACAGGAGCUCCCCUGGCACCCGGCCCCUGCCCCCACGCUCCCCACCCAAGUGUGUCCAAAUGGAGCGCCACGUCAUCCGGCCGCCCCCCAUCAGCCCCCCGCCGGAUAGAUUGCCCCUGGUGGACGGGAAAACCCACGCGGUGCAGCGAGAGGUCUGGGUGAAGAUCUUCGGACACAUCACACACAAGGAGCUGUGUGUCUGCAUGCGUGUCUGCAAGACAUGGAACCGAUGGUGCUGUGAUAAAAGACUGUGGACCAUAAUCGAUCUGAACCGCUGUAAAUCUAUCACUCCCCUCAUGCUGAGUGGCAUCAUCCGCAGACAGCCCCUCUCACUGGACCUCAGCUGGACCAACAUCUCCAAGAAGCAACUAAGCUGGCUUAUAAACCGCUUACCAGGUCUGCGGGUGUUGCUGCUCUCCGGGUGCUCGUGGGUGGCUGUGUCUGCCCUCUGCACCUCUAGCUGCCCUCUGCUGCGCACCCUGGAUGUGCAGUGGGUGGAGGGGCUCAAAGAUGCCCAGAUGAGGGACCUGCUCUCGCCUCCGACCGACAACAGACCAGGCCAGUUGGACAACCGUUGUAAGCUGAGGAACGUUAUGGACUUGCGUCUGGCCGGGCUGGACAUCACAGACACCUCUCUGCGUCUGAUUAUCAGACAUAUGCCGGUACUUUCACAACUGGACCUGAGCUACUGCAACCACGUCAACGACCAGUCGGUCAACCUGCUGACGGCCGCAGGGACCACAACCAGGGACUCCCUCACAGAGAUCAACCUGUCAGUUUGUAAUAGGGUGACAGACCAUUCCCUUACCUUCUUCAAGCGCUGUGGAAGCAUCUGUCACAUUGACCUACGCUACUGCAAACAGGUGACCAAGACGGCCUGUGAACAGUUCAUAGCUGAGAUGUCUGUAAGUGUACAGUUUGGCCUCAAAGAGGACAAAUUACUGCAGAAACUCGGCUAGUUCAUUGAGGCACACUGAGACAGGCCAAAAUGUACACAACAUAAGAACUACCUUUUGCACUAAAUGGAGCAAGACAAGGUUUCCCCCAUCAAGCCUGGACUGGUUGGUUUUGUAUGUUUAUUUCCUCUUCAGUGGAGAAUAUACCGUGUUAGAUUUCUGAACGAACAAUGUCACAUGAGUUGAGGAGAGAAGCAGAGGUGUGUAAAUGGACUGGGCAGAUUUUGUUUGCAGCGAUCUUUCUGGAUGUUGUAGAAUCCUUGUGCUGAAAGGGGAGGAUGUAAAGCUACUGGACAGAAGGAGAUGGUGAAGGAAAACAGCCUGCAUGAGUGUUUCUUUUUGUGUUUGUAAAUUUUUUUUUUAAAGGUUUGUUAUAUUGAAUUUGUUGGGGAUUUUUUCUACUAUUUAGGUUUGUUUUAUACAACAAUUCAUGCAUUGGGCAAAACAUUUUUAAGUUUCAGUGAAAGUUACACUCCAGAUUUCAACCUAUGAACAGACCCCAGAUGACAUGUCAUAGAACUGAAUAUUGACCUACAGAUCCUUUAUAUCAGUUUGCCUUGACACCGAUGGUAAUAUAUAUUUUUGGAUGCUGUGUUUUACCUGAUAUCAUGUGCCAAUUUCUGAAGUUGACAUUACAGUUUAACGGUAGUUACUGACUUGGACUGGAUUUACUUUACAUAAAACAUGAAAAUAAAACCAUGAUAAAAUACAUGUUAUAAAAGUCUAAAGCUGCAAUAUGUAACUUUUGGGGUGACCUGACCAAUUUCACAUAGAAAUGUGCGUUAUAGACCUGUCAUUGAAAGCAAGUCUAAGAAGCGGUAGAGUUCAGUUCUUUCUAUGCUUCCCGUUCUUAAGUUUUGUUUUUGUCUUUUGGUUUUGUGCACCAGCCUUAAACAGCUGAAAAUACAAUAUUUUUGGUUUUGUGCACCAGCCUUAAACAGCUGAAAGUACAAUAUUUUUGGUUUUGUGCACCAGCCUUAAACAGCUGAAAAUACAAUAUUUUUGGUUUUGUGCACCAGCCUCAAACAGCUGAAAGUACAAUAUUUUUGGUUUUGUGCACCAGCCUCAAACAGCUGAAAAUACAAUAUUUUUGGUUUUGUGCACCAGCCUUAAACAGCUGAAAGUACAAUAUUUUUGGUUUUGUGCACCAGCCUUAAACAGCUGAAAGUACAAUAUUUUUGGUUUUGUGCACCAGCCUUAAACAGCUGAAAGUACAAUAUUUUUGGUUUUGUGCACCAGCCUUAAACAGCUGAAAGUACAAUAUUUUUGGUUUUGUGCACCAGCCUUAAACAGCUGAAAGUACAAUAUUUUGGGUUUUGUACACCAGCCUUAAACAGCUGAAAGUACAAUAUUUUUGGUUUUG